AUGGGCAAGAAAAUCGAAUGCUACCUGGACUGCGUGUCGCCAUACAGCUUCUACGCCUUCACGUAUCUGCAGAAGAAUGCAGCUGCGUUGGAGAGUCUAGGCGUUGAGAUUGAGUAUAUCCCCGUCUUUCUCGGCGGGAUCAAUGUAGGCAGUGCCGCCUACUCAAAGUACGACGGCAAACGGGCCCAGAAAUACUUCGGCCAUGAGUUCGAGAUUCCGCCCUGGUGGCCGAUCUUGUCGCUUUUGCCCCAAAGAGCCCUAACCUACAUCAAAAGCCACCACCCCAAGGAAUCCCUCUCGGCGGCCUUCCGGAGCUGCUUCGAGACGAUGUGGAAGCGUCAAUUGGACAUUUCCGUGUCUGAGAAUCUGGCCCAGGCUCUUGGGAACGUGUUCAGUGUCGAGGAAGUCCAGAAGAUUAUCACCGCUGCCGGAACGCCUGAGGUUAAGGCUGAAUUAGCGGCGACGACAGCGAGAGUCGUGAAGGAGUUGGGCGCGUUUGGGUGCCCGUGGUUUUGGGUCGUGAAUGGGGAGGGAAAGGGGGAGCCGUUCUUUGGGAGUGACCGGUGGCAUUUUAUGUGGGAGUUCUUGGGGUUGCCGUUUGAGGAUUUGAGGUUGAGGGCUAGGAUUUAG